AUGGCAAAACUUUUCUGGGAUAUGGGUCGGCCCACUACCUCAACGACUUUGCGGACUCUGGCUGGCAUGGAGUUCAUGACAACCAUGGGCAACUUGGACGUCCCGCCGCCGAUCAUCCAUGUACCAGGAUUCAGCAAUCGCUUGAUCUGGGAUGAUUCCCUACAUGUGGCAUACAGAGGCUUCGCUGCAGAACUGUGCGGCAGCAUGGUUGUCGACAUGUUUGGGAAGCAGGGCAACCAGCUCUUGCGAGCCACCGAGAUGCUGCACUGCUGGGCAAAAUCCAAUGGCCUGUUUCUUUCUUUGGAUGAACUCUCAUUCAGUGAGGAUUACCCGAGUUUGAACUGCAAGGGUUGGGAUAUUAAACUCGUGAGCAUGUGGCUAGCAUUCUGGCAGCAUGCAGCAGCCACAUAUGUGUGGAUAGAUUUGUGCAUGUAUGCAGCUGUGCUUCCACUUCUCUAUAUCACGAUUCUGAUUGAGUUGAAUGCCCAGGCAGAAAUCACACCUGCCUUUGCCCGGUCCGAAGCUGCUGGCCGGCGACUGGAGCAUGCAUACGUGAUGUCGAUGACGGCUCGUGCUUUGGCAGUGAAUAUCGAGAUCCUGGACGCUUCUGUCUAUGAGAUAUCCCCUUCGAAUGCUGUUCGUGGCUUGCGGGCUUGCAGGCGCUUCAUUCUGGGAUACAACUGGCUAGCCUUUUCGAGCUACUGCGAUGGCAAGAAGCUGUACAAGCUUAGGCCAAAGCUCCUUGGUCACUAUGUCUGGCAGACGAAGUUGGACGAUGCGCUUCACGAAGUGGCCGAGGCCCGCUUCACAGGCAAUGGUCGAGGCGGCAAAGGCGGUGGCCGCGGCGGCAAAGGCCGCGACGGCAAAGGCGAGAAGGGAGAGUAUCAGAGUGGGCAGUGCAAGGACCCGGCCACCUGCCGCUACUUGCACAGAUGCGCAGAAACCCACUUCAGCGAGCUGCGGGACAUCGCUGAGGAGGUCACGACCGUCCCGCUUAGUGUGCCGGCACAACCGUCAGGCUCAGCAGGGGCCACUUCGGCACUGCCCAAGGCACGUGCCCCGGUUUCCGAUGCAGCAUCUGCACUCAGUGAAGGCUCUCUCGACUUCGCUACUUGCUUGGAGCUUCUAGCGCAGUACUUUUCCAUUCCCUUCGCUGCUUCUUCUCACUGCCCUGACAAUGCCAUUGCAGCCUCUGAAGCAUAUUUCAAUUUGGGGGCUUUCGCUUUUGACAAUGGCGCCAGGUCGGGCAUCUUUCAACGUACCGAGCAAUUUUCAGACGUUCUUCGAUUCUUGAACGCUUUUAUGCAGCUUCAGUUCCCCGAAGCCUCCUGGAGCUCCCUCUGCGUCAGCCACAACGUUCGCACCCGCCUACACACAGAUUCUGGCAACGCUGCAGGGUCUCUGAAUCACACAGUUUCACUUGGCAACUUCAGCGGUGGCGAGGUUUGGCUCUGCCCCGCUUUGAACCAGGCGGCCUCUCAGGUACCGGCCCCACUGGAUGCCUCAUCCGAGGCUCACAGUGCAGCUGAAGCUGGUACAGGUGAGGUGCGCGACACCUGGCACGCGCCGCUCUCCUUCAGCUGUGAAACACUUCACUGUACACUUCCGAUACAAGGAGACCGGUGGGUAUUGACUGCCUAUACUUGCAAGAGCCUAGACCGCUUUGAUGCAACGUCAUUGGCACACCUGAGGUCUCUGUGCUUCCCGCUCCCGCCGGCAACCCCAGGCCACCCGCAGUCAAUAACGCCCUCGCUCAAGGACACGACAUGCGUGGAGCUCUUCCUGGACAUAUGCUGUGGGGCCGCUCACCCACUUACCACGGCAAUCUCUUCAUGCGGAAUCACUUGUCUGCCCAUAGACCUACUGGGCGAGGAGCAACUCGACCUGCUCAACGACGACACCUACGACCACUUGCUUCGACUGUGUUUUGCUGGGAUUGUCCGCUUAGCUCACGGAUCGCCGCCCUGCAAGGAGUACUCCCGCUUGAAGCUUCGUCCAGGUGGACCUCCAGCCAUUCGAUCGCCUGAUCACAUGAAUGGUCUGCCAGGGAACACCGCUUCGCAGCAAGCUAGAUCCGUCGCAGGAGCCAGGGACGAACACGGGAACUUUUUGUCCCAGAGGACGGCGGAGUACCCGUCCCAGCUUGCCGAGAAAUUCUCAGCGAAGGCAGUGCACUUAUUUUCUUCGGCAAGACCAGCUUAUUCGGUUUCGCCCUGCUCCUUGAAGUUCGCGCUGGCCUCAAUUCCCAAAAAGCCGCGUUCAUCAACGCCUACAGCCGCGCAGGAUGGCGGGGGCAUUUACUCUUUGCCCGACUGGUCACUUGGCCCAAGGUACCAAUCCGACAGCUUACACGACCUGCGGAAGGAAUGGCAAUCUUGGCUGCUUCAGAACAGAAUUCCUCUCAGGCUCCAGCAACACAUUGCUGAAGCCAGCAAUAAACCUCUUCUCUCAGAGGAAGAAACGGAGUGGCUUCGUUCUUCUUUCAAGCGCUUUUCGGACGCUCACUCCCCGUGCCAGGACUGGAACUUCUCGGUGACAGAAGGCCAGCCCUACUGCUUGUCUGCACUGGAGCGCUUGAGUACGAUGUUGGGUGACAAGGACACUUCCCUUUUUCCCGCUUUGCAGAAGGGCGUGCCUACGGGGUUCGAUAGCGACAUCCCUCGCAGCCACACACUCCGACCUCGUGAUCCCAACAAUUCAGACGAACCCACUGACCUGCUUGUUUGCGAAGGUAACUGGCAGGGGGCUGAGGCAGACCCGGCACUGCUUCAGGAGUUGAUCGAGGAGGAGGUUUCCGCCGGCUACAUAGAGGAAGUUCCCAGCUUGGAGGCUGCUUACGAAAGGUGGGGCAAGGAACGUGUUGCGGUAGGCCGUGUGAACAUUGUCAAAGCCCCCGGUCGCUCUGCCCGCUUGGUCAUAGACAACAGCAUCUGCAACACGAACCAGAACUGCCAGGUGCCGGAACAGUUCUCCUUGCCCAGCCUCCAGGACAUUCAGUCCGCUUAUCCUCCGAGGGAGGACGAGGAGCCGAUUUCGGGUUUCAGCUUAGAUGUGAAGGGAGCGCACAAAACUUCACUUGUGCGCGAGAAAGACAGAGGCCUGCUUGGACUGAGACAACAAGAACGCCUCUUUUUCUACCGUGUCUGUCCCUUCGGGGCCACUUUUUCGAGCCACUGGUUUGCCCGCUUAGGGGGCUUUUUCGUGCGCUGCCUUCACCUACUUAUCUGGUUGUCACACGUCCUCAUGCUGUACGUAGACGAUUUGCUUCUCUGGCAAAAUUCUCGUGCACUGCCGCUUAGCGCGUCCCUGGUCUUGGCAUUCUGCGCCUGCUUCAAUAUACCGCUUAGUUGGCGGAAACUGCAGAUGGGGCCGUCUAUAACCUGGAUAGGUUGGCAGAUCGACUUCAAGGCUGGCUGUUACACUUUACCGGAGCUCAAACGCUUGAAGCUGCUUGGCCAGGUGGAGAAAUGCCUUCGGCACCGACUUGUCAGCCGCAAACAGCUUGACAAACUGCUAGGUCUGCUUCAGUGGAUUCUGCAUGGUCUUCCUGCUUUACGCCCCUGGCUUUGCACUCUGUAUGAUGACAUGCACAGACCACUUGGCACCAAUGUCAGCAUCAGCCCAGUUGUUUGGCCAGGCAUUCACUCUUACCUGGACGACAAGCUCCGCUUCACGGGUUGCCCUCCGGGCACGGGCAUUUCACCUGGCUCAACUUUGCUUUCAGCUCGGCAUAAGCCUCUCAAAAGUAAGGAAGACCUGGCUUUAGUCCCCGUAAGCACAAAGCGCAUGUGGCUCCGAGUUACGGACCCCAGUUCCUCCAAGCGGCGCUUAUCUGAGUCCAGCAGAGAAACCCUUGCCUUCUUUGCCCACUUGAGCUCCAGGGACUGGCGGCCCAGGCCACUUCGACCACCACCUACCAGUUCGGUGGAGUCGGCCGCAGACGCUUUCGGCAAGGGCAACGAUUGUGGCGUAGGAGGAUGGCUCCUCCUCCCCAGCGGACGCCUGCUUUGGUUUGCUCACCGCUACACAGUCAAAGACUUCCUGGACUUAGGCCUGCCCAUGCAAGCAGACGCCAACCUGGACAUCUCCAGCUACGAGACACUGGCACAGUGCUUUGUGCUUUUGGCCUUUUGGAAAGCCCAUGGUUCCGGUCGCUUGGCUUUGACAUUACCAGCUUUGAGCGAUAAUAGUGGUGCGGAGUCAGUGUGUAAUAAGCUUUACACCUCUAAAGUACCACUUAAUCUUUUCGUUCGCAAGCUCUCAAUGUGGAGCUCGAUUACCGGUGUCGCUCUGGACUGCAGCCAUAUCGCUGGCGAGAAGAACGAUGACGCAGACCUGCUUUCUCGAUGGGAUGGCUCCGCGGAACUCCCGGCCAAGUUUCUUGCCUCGAACCGCAUCGAGCUCUCACUUUCUGAGUUCUGGCAGAUCCGCUUUCAAGUGACGCUUUUUCCCGCUGACACAUUUUUGAAAUGGCAGCUUCCGUCAGCUGACAGCUUGGGCCCGACAAACCGCGGUUCAAGGAAGCGCAAGUAG